UGGGAGGGACCCCGUGCCUACUGAUCCUGGCUGUACCCUCACUGCCGUGUCCUUCAGGCCCAUCCUGACCAUGGUCCCUGCCUGGCUGUGGCUGCUUUACCUCUCUGUUGCCCAGGUUCUCCCAGAGGCCCAGCCUGCAGGACUGUAUGUGGAAGUCCCAGAAAACUAUGGUGGAAAUUUCCCUUUGUACCUGAUCAAGCUACCACUGCCCCCUGAGGAGACUGAAGGUAAGAUGGUGCUGUCAGGAAACCCGGACAUGACAGCCGAGGGCCCCUUUGCUGUGGAUGCAGAGUCUGGCUUCUUGCUGGUGACCAGGGUCCUGGAUCGCGAGGAGCAAGCGGAGUACCGGCUACAGGUCACCCUGGAGACUGAGGACGGACAUGUCUUGUGGGGCCCACAGCCCGUGCUUGUGCAUGUGAAGGAUGAGAAUGACCAGGUGCCCCACUUCUCUCAGUCCAUCUACAGAGUUCAGCUGAGCCAGGGCACCAGGCCUGGCAUCCCCUUCCUCUUCCUUGAGGCUUUGGACGAGGAUGAGCCAGGCACAGCCAACUCAGAUCUCCGAUUCUACAUCCUGAACCAGGCUCCAGCCCGGCCUUCCCCAGACAUGUUCCAGCUGGAGCCUCGGCUGGGGGCUCUGGCCCUCAGUCCUGAGGGAAGCACCAGCCUAGACCAGGAUAUGGAAGGGCCCUACCAGCUAUUGGUACAGGUCAAGGACAUGGGUGACCAGGCUUCGGGCCACCAGGCCACAGCCACCGUAGAUGUCUCUGUGGUAGAGAACACCUGGGUGCCCCUAGAUCCUGUCCACCUGGCAGAGAAUCUGAAAGUUCCAUACCCACACCGCAUUGCCCAGGUACACUGGAGUGGGGGAGAUGUACAUUAUCAUCUGGAGAGCCAGCCCCCUGGACCCUUUGAUGUGGAUGCAGAGGGGACACUCUACGUGACCAAGGAGCUGGACCGAGAAUCCCAGGCUGAGUACCUGCUCCAGGUGCAGGCUCAGAAUACCCGUGGUGAGGACUACACAGAACCUCUGGAGCUGCAUGUGGUAGUGAUGGAUGAGAAUGACAAUGCACCUGUCUGCCCCCUACAUGGUUCCCCAAUCAGCAUUCCUGAGCUCAGCCCUCCAGGCACUGAGGUGACUAGACUGUUGGCAGAGGACCUGGAUGCCCCCGGUUCCCCAAAUUCCUACAUUGUGUAUUGGCUGCUGAGCUCUGAGCCUGAGGAGGGAGCAGAGGGAAGAGCCUUCAAACUGGACUCCACCUCAGGCAGUGUGACAGUCGGGGACGCCCCCCUCCAGGCUGGCCAGAGCAUCUUACUUCAGGUGAUGGCUGCUGACCUAGGAGGAGCAGAGGGUGGCCUCAGCAGCACAUGUGAGGUCACUGUCACAAUCACAGACAUCAAUGACCAUGCCCCCGAGUUCACCAAUUCCCAGAUUGAGCCUAUAAGCCUCCCUGAGGAUGCAGAGCCUGGGACUCUGGUGGCCACACUCACAGCCACUGAUGCUGACCUUGAGCCUGCCUUCCGCCUCAUGGACUUUGCCAUUGAGGUGGAGGACGUGGAGGGGACCUUCGGCCUGGAUUGGGAACCAGACUCCAGUCAUGUCCAACUUCGACUCCUCAAGAACCUCAGCUAUGAGGCAGCUUCAAGCCACAAGUUGGUGGUAGUGGUUCGGAGCGUGGCAGAGUUGGUAGGGCCAGGCCCAGGCCCUGGAGCCACAGCCACAGUGACGGUUCUUGUGGAAAGGGUGGUGCCACCCCCCAAGUUGGACCAGGAGAGCUACGAGGCCAGUGUUCCAGUCAGCACCCCAGCUGGCUCCCUCCUGCUGACCAUCCAACCCUCAGACCGCAUGAGCAGUCCCCUCAGGUUCUCCCUGGUCAAUGACUCAGAGGGCUGGCUCUGCAUCAAGGAGGUCUCUGGGGAGGUGCACACCGCGCGGCCUCUACAAGGUGCCCAGCCUGGGGACAUGUACACAGUGCUCGUGGAGGCCCAGUAUGAAGAUGAGCCGACACUGAGCGCCUCUGCAACCCUCGUGAUCCACUUUCUGAAGGCCCCUUCUUCCCGGGCCCCAACUCUGAACCACGUGCCCACCCGACACCUCUGCACACCCCGCCAGGACCAUGGUGUGGUUAUCAGUGGACCCAGCGAGGACCCUGAUAUGGCUGGUGGACAUGGUCCCUACAGCUUUGCCCUUGGUCUCAACCCAACAGUGCAGCGGGAUUGGCACCUCCAGGCUCUCAACGGUUCCCAUGCCUACCUCACUCUGGCCCUGCAUUGGGUGGAGCCACGUGAGCACGUAGUACCCAUAGUUGUCAGCCACAAUGCCCGGAUGUGGCAGCUCCUGAUCCGAGUGAUCGUGUGUCGCUGCAACGUAGAGGGACAGUGCAUGCGAAAGGUGGGCCGCAUGAAGGGCAUGCCCACGAAACUGUCAGCCGUGGGCAUCCUCGUGGGCACCUUGAUGGCGAUAGGCAUCUUCCUUAUCCUCAUCUUCACUCACUUGAGCCUGGCAAGGAAGAAGGACCUAGAUCAGCCAGUGGACAGCGUGCCCCUGAAGGCGGUGGUUUGAAUGGUCCAGCCAGACCCAGUUGGGAACUUGGCCUUUCCAUCUGAGUCCACUGGGAGGGGCCCAGGACUGCUGAUCACCGGGGGCUAGGACAGUAUAAAAGCCCCUUCACCGCCCUAGAGUGGAGGCAACAUCACCACACAAGUCUGUAGAGCCUGACCACUGACUUUAUGGGCUGCCCAUGGGAGUGCUCCAAAUGGUGGCACAUUUGUCCAAUAAUAAAACCUCAGAGAGCAGGGCAUGUGUUCUAAGGGGCUGCUGUGCCUGUGUCUGUCAUGUGCGUGUGUGCAUUACCCAUGUCCAAGGUACCCAUGUACCUUGAGUAUUUUCCCAUCUUCUGCUGCACAGAAAGGGUCUAGGGGCUUGAGGGACAAGCCUGGGGUCCCCUUUGAGGAGGAACAUGGGGACAUCAUAUUGGUUUUUGG